AUGAUGUAAAUGAAUUAUGGAAGCUCAAGUCAUCACCUAAAGAAUAGAUUUAGAAAAACAGGGAACAUCUGUGUUUGAAAUAACGAUACAAUGGAUGGCGCACAAGAGGGAACGAAGUUUGCAAAAUGGGUAGUAGUGGUACAGGAGCUUACGAGAACCUUCUCCAAAUCGGCUUGCAAGAGUCGGUAGCACAGCAACUGGACCAGCUGAUAACGGACGGGUACUUCCCUCCUGAAGGAUACCCUCCUGAUGUCGCUGGAAACUUCCGAGGAAUCGACGAGCCGACGUUGAAUGAAAUUCUGAACAACUAUAAACAGAGUGAUUUUACGAACGUCUCGGACUUCGGAGAUCUUCUGCUUCAAGUGGCGAAAGGAGUGUUUGAGAAAGGCGGGUCAACGAACGGUGCUCAACCCAUGGUACAGCAACCUCCAGAGUAUAUGAAGCAAGAACAGAUGGAUAAUCAAAACUACCCCGGACCCGCGGCGCUAGAGCAUGGGUACCAAGGAAAACCUUCGGGAGGACCGAGAAGCUCUGGUCCUACCAGCGAACGAAUGCAGAAAAUACUUGACAGAACAGGUUACAAAUAUGAAGCCACGGCGGGCCAGAGAUCCUAUGGACCCGGACCUGGGUUCGAGGACUUCAAGCCACCCAAAAAUUGCCAGUGUUACUAUGGAAAGAUUCCGUACGAGCUGAAUGUUGAAGACCUGGUUGAGAUGUUCGAGAAGGCAGGCACCAUCUUCCACAUGCGACUGAUGAUGAAUCCAGAAACCGGAAAGAACCAGACGUAUGGAUUUGUGACGUUUACGGAGCCGCAAGCUGCGAAAGCAUGCGUGGAAAUGUACGACGGAUAUGAUGUCUUAAUACCACUGACGAACCGUAGACGCCAGAUGGUGGUGAAGAUUUCGGAACCCAACCGACGUCUCUUUGUCGGUCCAGUGCCGAAAUCGAAAACUAAGGAUGACAUAAUGGAGGCCUUCUCGCAAAUUGUUGCUGGCAUAGAAGAUGUGAUCAUCCACGAGCCGGCUGAGCCAGGAAAUGCAGCCAAGAACAAGGGCUUCUGCUUCCUUGACUUCGUUGAUCAUAAAUCUGCAUGCACUGCCAAAAAACACCUGGACCGCGGUGACAUUCCGAUCCAGUCUUGGCGUGGCUUCACUGGCUACGGCACUGAGUGGGCAGAUCCCCUGGACGAGCCAGACGAGGAGACCAUGUCCAAAGUCACAAAUCUCUACAUUACGAAGCUGUCGGAAAACGUCACCGAGGAACAGCUCAAUGAAGUGUUCAGUCAGUACGGCACACUUGACAAGAAAAUCAAAAAGAUCCAAAACUACGCCUUCGUUCACUUCGCAGACAGAGAUGCCUGCAUGCGAGCACUGGAAGAACAAAAUGGGAAGCAAGUGGGUGACUCAUUUAUGAAGAUAGCUCUGGCAAAGCCGGUGGAUCCCAACAAGAAGAACCAGAUGGGAGGACCCGGGGGCAGAGGGGACAGACGGGGCGGCAUGGGUCGGGGAGGGUUUGGCGGUCCAAGAGGGAGAGGAGGAGCACCACCCGGUGGAUUUGGAAGAGGAGGAUCAGGAUACGGAGGCGAGUAUGGCUACGCUGCAGAUAGCUACGGAUACGAUCAAUACGGCUACGGGCCACCCAGUUACGGAUACGGAUAUGAUCAGAGCAGAGGAUACGGAGGGGGCUAUGGGAGCGCCGACCCCUACUCAUACGGGUUCGGAGGGGGCUAUGGAGGAGCAGGCGCUUACGGUGCUCCCUCGGGUUACGGAGCUCCUCCCCCUAGUAGAGGAGGUGGCUAUGGAAGUCCCCGGGGAGGAGGUGGCGGUGGAUUCGGAGGCCGAGGAGGGUUCCAAGGUGACAAGCGGUCCUUCGGAGGCCGAGGAGGACCUCCCCCCAAAAGAGGUCGUGGGGGAUUUUAAAUCAGCAGCAGAGAUUUGGAAAACACUGAUGAGCAAUUUAAUUGAAGAUGCGAUCCCAUUUGCAAGUGAAUUCUUUGUUCGUGAAUACUUAUGUAUUAAUCUCUUCUACAUUGUUGUUACAUUGUCCCAUAUUUAAUUAUGUGUUUUAUUACUGUGGUAUGAAAGCAAUCCCCUCGCUCGACUUGGGAGAAAUAGAUAGAAUAUUGAUUGCAUCAAAUGGGCUACAAGCUAAACUCAACCUGUUUCGUAUACUAUUUACUAUAAAUUCUUAGUUCCGUUUUAUUCCUAUCAAGAAGUUGCAAUGUACCAAAUUUGCGUCACUUGUUGAUCAAUUCAAUUUGAACUGAACAAAA